AUGAUCUCCGCUGUCCUCCUCCUCUGGACCGUGCCCUGCGUGGCAAACCACAUCCUUGGGGGCUUUGCCAAGGGAGCGCUGCAGGAAGGUCCCCAGCUGGCAUGCAGCCUGCCGGGACCCCCCGGGCCACCCGGCCCCCCUGGCACGCCUGGGGCUCCAGGGACGGUUGGCAGGAUGGGCUUCCCAGGAAAAGAUGGCAAGGAUGGCAAGGACGGGGAUAAAGGCGAGCAUGGCGAUGAAGGUCCACAAGGCAGAACAGGAAACCCUGGCAAGCCAGGACCGAAGGGGAAAGCAGGAGCUAUUGGCAAGGCAGGCCCACGAGGGCCAAAGGGUUUAAAGGGUAAUCCUGGAAAAAAUGGGGCACCGGGAAAGAAAGGGCCCAAAGGGAACAAGGGCGAGACCGGGAUGCCAGGACCCUGCACCUGCAAUGCCAACAAAGCCAAAUCUGCCUUCUCCGUGGCAGUCUCAAAGAGCUACCCAAGGGAAAGGCUGCCCAUCAAAUUUGACAGGAUCCUGAUGAACGAGGGAGGACAUUACAAUGCUUCCAGUGGGAAGUUUAUAUGCAGCAUCCCAGGUAUUUACUACUUCACUUAUGAUAUCACUUUGGCCAACAAACAUUUGGCCAUCGGCUUGGUCCACAAUGGGCAGUACCGGAUCAAGACUUUUGAUGCCAACACUGGAAACCAUGAUGUUGCCUCCGGAUCAACCAUCCUUUCUCUGAAGCAGGAGGACGAGGUAUGGCUGCAGAUCUUUUACUCAGAACAAAACGGGCUCUUUUACGAUCCCUACUGGACAGACAGCUUAUUUACUGGUUUCCUGAUAUAUCCUGACCAAGAUUACCUCAAUGAAAUAUAGGAUGAGAAACUAGCCUGUGGGAAAAAAUAGGAAAUGCACGAGACCUCAGUCCAGCAAAGUGUAGCCUGUACAUGGACAUGGUGUGGGAUUAUCAUACCAUUCCACAUUUUUGGCGCUAACAGCCUGUAUUGGCUAUUUAGACAUUUACUUGAUGUCAUCAAGUAGUCCACAGGGUAGCAGGACUAGUAGGACUCACCUUUAAGCAGCCUCACGAAUCUCUAAAU